AUGAAUUCGAAUUCACUACAAAACUCACCUGGAAACCUAAUGGAACAUGAUGCCAGUCGAUUCAAUAAAUUGUCUUUGGGAAGUCCAUUCUCUCAAAAGAAAAAACAUAAUAUCUUCAAGAACAUACAUGUAUUUUUCAAGGCGAAAAACAAUAACAAUAAUAACAGAAAAGAUAAUUCGACAGGAAUAUUUAAUGAAGAAUAUCAUCGACAAAAUCAGCCACAUAGUAGUGCUAGAAGAAGUACUGAAGAUGAAACAUUAUAUAAUGACGAGAUUGUAUCAUCCUCACGUAAUUCCUCAUCUUUAAAGUUGAAAUUGCAAACUGCAUAUGAUGAAAAUGAAAAAGAAAAUAUAAAUAAUGGCAUAGUUUCUAAUAAGCUAACUUCAAUUAUAUCCUCUGAAAAUGCCUUGGAUGAUAAUAAUAUCUUACGAUCACCAAUAAGUAAAUCCAUAACGACAAAUGAAAUUAAUAUUCUUUACUCUCCAACUUUGCAAAACAAACAUAUAAGGACAAAAUCUAUCUCGUCCAAGGUAGGUACGCCUCUGUCUUUAUCAUCAUCAUCAAACUCGAGAAGGAACAGUUUUUCGAAUAUUAAUAAUACUAUUAAUAACAUAAGAAUCCAUCGAUCCGAUAGUAUCAAAAAAGAAAGAAAAUCAUCAUCUAAGAUAAAUCUAAGAAGGAUAAAUUCCAUGUACUCUUCUCAAAAGGAUAUCAAACAACCUAUUCAAUUGCACCCUCAUUAUAAUGACCAUAACAAUAUGAAUGAGAAAUAUACGUAUUUGGAGGAUAAUAAAUAUACAUCUUAUAAUCCAACCACUGACACUCAAAGUUUAAAGUUCUCAAACAAAAUGGUCACACCAAGAAACAGUUUUGAUUCCGUGUUAAGUGGAUCCCAUAUACCACAUUAUGAAGAUGAUAAUAAUUCUCAUGAUUUUUUCAAAAGAAUUUCACCAGAAACAUUAAAUGAAAUAAUUAAUAAGAAAACUUAUAAACCUUAUUAUGAUUCAUACACAAUCAUUGAUUGUAGAUUCGACUAUGAAUACAAAGGUGGCCAUAUCAAAAACGCAAUAAAUUUAUCAACUAGGGAUGAUUUGGAAACGGAAUUGCUGAAAAAAUACUACCACUCGAUUGCAUCUUUACCGACUUUAUUAAUAUUCCAUUGUGAAUUCAGUGCUCACAGAGGACCUAAAUUAGCCUCUCAUUUAAGAAAUUGUGAUAGAAUGUUGAAUUAUGAAACGUAUCCGAAGCUAUAUUAUCCAGAUAUUUUGAUUUUAGACGGAGGUUAUGAACAAUUCUUUGAAAAAUUCCCAGAAUCAUGUUAUCCGCAAAAUUACAUUGCAAUGGAUUCACAAGAAAAUUUAUUGGCUUCUGAGAAAAGUAUGGAUUUAUUCAGAUCAGAUUCGAAAAAAUUUAGUACAAGAAAUAAUUCAUUAAGGAAACUAACUUCCGUAUCGAUAUCUACAACAAAUUCAUUGAAGAGUAAAUUAAUUAAUAACAAUACUACAUCAGCAUCAUGUUUACUUUUUAACAAUACAAAAGGAAACGAUGGUAGUAACAUCACAUCACCUUCUACAUCGUCAUUUCCCCUAGUACAACCUCCAAAACUAUCAUUAGCACAAUAUCCCGAUAGCGAAAAUGACGCUAUAGGAGAUAGAAGUUCACCUACCACAAGUGCAAGUAGAUUAUCAAUGCAUAGUACUACAAGUAGUUUCGGUUCAAGUAGGAGUCGCUUAUUGUUAAUGGAAGAAUGCAAUGGAAUACUGGAUGAUACCCAUUCUUAUUUUAGUUUCCAAGAUGGGUGCUCUGAAAAUAAUAAAAACAAUGAUAGAACACUUGAGGAUGAUGAUGAUGAUGAUGAUGACGACGCGAAUUUAUUACAAGGAGCUGAACUCACAAUGACAAAUUCUAAUAGUAAUCUUAUGAGUAAUAAUAUCUUUAACGUUAAUCAAUUUUUGUCAUCAAAACCGGUAAAGAGAUCAUUGUUUCCAAAUAUUCCAAUGGAGGAAGAAGAAGUAGAAGGAAAAACUGAAAGACGAAACGACAACAAACUUAACUUUAUUUAG